GAAAACUCCCUCCGGAUCAAUCAUCACGUUCCUGCCGUUACUCACCGGAAAGUGACGCACCAAAUGUAAACAGCGCUGUCAGCACUUCCGGCCACUUCUGCUCAUCCACGCAAGCAACAGUCGCAAAGAUCCCGAAAGCUGCCCUACGGUGCUACUGCCAGCGUGUGCGUGUGCGAUCGCACUAUCCCACUCUGACCCUUAAAAGGAUUUCCGGCGCAUUCAAGCUCUCGGCGGAACAAUAGAUUAUGGUUACCAGUAACGACGACAGCGAUUUCAACCGUCAGCAGGAACAUCCCGGCACAACUCUUGCUUCAUUGCCACCGGCCCCAUCAUCAUCAACGUCAUCGUCAUCCUCGAUGUCAACGGCAGGACCGACGACGAUGCCCCAAGGGCCAGAAGCGACUUCAUCAUCCCAAAACACUUUACCGGAAUCUACGGGCGAAACACCUUUCGACGUGAAAACAGCCAAAAGGACACCAAAACAAGCCGUGGUGGCCACUAGACAGCAGCGACCCAAGCUGGCCGGAUUCGAGUUUUACGAGAAAAUUUUGGGUUCGCCGAAAUAUGUGGUGGCCCCGAUGGUGGAUGCCAGCGAGUUGGCCUGGCGGUUGCUGAGCCGCCGGCACGGUGCCCAGCUUUGCUAUUCGCCCAUGUUCCACAGCAGUUGUUUCACCAAGGAUCCGAAGUACCGCAAAGACUCGCUGCAAACGUGCCCAGAGGAUCGACCGCUGAUCAUACAGUUCUGCGGCAACGACCCGAAGGUGCUGCUCGAGGCGGGCCUGCUCGCCCAGGACCACUGCGACGCCAUCGACAUCAAUCUCGGGUGCCCGCAGGCCAUUGCCAAGCGUGGCCACUACGGGGCCUUCCUGCAGGACGAAUGGGAUCUGCUUAAGAAAAUCGUGAGCACGCUGCACCAGCAUCUGAGCAUCCCGGUAACGUGCAAGGUGCGCAUCUUCGAGGACAUGGCCAAAACCAUCCGGUACGCAAAGAUGCUCGAGUCGGCCGGCUGCCAGAUGCUGGUCGUUCACGGCCGAACGCGCGACCAGAAGGGCCCGCUGACCGGUGUGGCCGACUGGAAGUAUGUCAAGGUGUUGAAAGAAAUUAUGAAAAUUCCGGUUCUUUCAAAUGGAAACAUCAUGUCCGUUGAGGACGUUCAUCGCUGCAUUGAGGAAACUGGCGUGAACGGAGUUAUGACUGCGGAGGGCAACUUGUUCAACCCGUUCCUUUUCGAAGGAAUCAAUCCGACUAGUUGGACCGUUGCCCUCGAAUAUCUGGACAUUGUGGAGAAAUAUCCUGCGCCGAUUUCGUACAUCCGAGGACAUUUGUUCAAAAUUCUUCAUCAUUUGAUGAACCUCAAAUCCAACGGACCUCUUCGCGAGCAAAUGGCCACCAGCCACUCGGUGGCCGAUUUCCGCGCCAUCGUCAAGCAGCUCGAGGCCAAGUACGAGCCGUUCCACGAGGGACUGCAACGCUGGACCGGCGAAGAGACCAACACCGAGCAACCGCCGGAAUCCGAACCCGACCAACCAACCUACAACCUCGCCCUUCCACCGUGGCUGUGCCAACCGUACAUCCGGGCCCCGCCGGAAGUCCACCGGCAAAAGAUGGUCGACUCGGCACGGGCCGCCGCCGAUCCGAACCGCGAAAAGCGCAUCUUCCUCGACUCGGACGGGAACGAAAUUUCCCGCAAAAAGAUGAAAAAGAUGCGCCGCGUCGAACGCAGACCAAACCGGGCCGGUCUCCUACCCUCCGAUCCGAAGCGCGAACCCAGCCGGCGGUUUGACGAUAUCUGCAAAAACACCAAACUCGACUGCACCAAUCCGAUGGGAUUGAAGUGUGACCAUCAGUUGUGUCGUGUUUGCUGCCGGGUUCGAUGCUACCACGAGGAUCGGGACUGCGCGGGCCAUAAAUUAUUCAUCAAGACCCGCCGGGAUAAAGCGAAACGGCUUACCGAGGCGGAAAAACUGGAGCAGCAGCAGCAGCAAGCGAAGGCUGUCGAUGAGGGAAAGGAUGAUGACAAUGCAGCGGCGAAGGACGGACAGGAGCAGAAGCAGCUAAUGGAGAUUGAGAGUUGAUGGUUGGAGAUUUGGUUCGAUAAUGUUUUUCUUUUGUCCUGGACUCAACAGGUUGAAUUUAUAACUAGAUAAAUGUUUGUAAAGAAUACAUUAAAAAUCUGAA